UUUAAUAAAGACAGGAAAGCUUCUUUGGCUGUUAUUUCUGGAAUCACUCAGAUAAUAGCCACUUUUAUCACUUGAAAGAAAUCAUAUAUAUAUAAUUCCACUGUAAUUCUUGACAUAUAAUUAAGCGGUGUCUGGGCAUUUUUUUCUUUUCGCAACUUUUAUAUUUACUAAAUCAACUUAAAUCUAAAAGCUUUUUAGUGUUGAGGAGCUAUUUCUUUAACAACGAUUACAGUAAGAGUAGUAUUCUACGAGGAGUGAAACUAUUUAUAAAUGUUUUUCAGCCGACAGCGCUUACAAGUCGUUUAUGGAUAUACAAAAGUGCAUUAUUUGUCUUUUGUUAUUGAGAAAUCCUCAAGGUUGAAUUUUCUGCUUACUCGCUCGCCGCGAACUGUUCUAGUGACCUCUGGUAAAUGCUCUCCUCUCUUGCGGCGCUAUCUUAUACAUGAUCCCUAUACUGCUUUUUAUAGGCCAAUAUUUGUAGCUUCAUGUUGUGUCCAGCAUAAAGCGUUUUGUACAAGUCUUGUUAUCCAGUCCCCAUCGGAUAAAGCAAAACAACAGAAUAUUUUCUCUAGCGUUGAGAAGGCUGCAGCUCCAAAACCCCAUGUAGUUGUGACAAAAUGUCAACAAAACAAUAAUACCUUCACUGGGGGUGUGGGGGACUCAGAAGGAAAAAGUACUUUCAUGGUGAAACAAGGUGCCAACAUUGCAGGUCCCUCGUCAGCGAAGGGGCUUAAUACUAUGGAUAGUGUACACACCAGAAGUCCUGAAAGAAGGCUAGGUGAAGAAGAUGGAGUUCGAAAAAGUAAGAGCAGCCACUUGUGGCCGUGUCCCACUAUCAAUCCGGGUACCAGGUGCGAUGUAAAUGUUGAAGCGCCAUUGGCUACUCCCAUGGACAGUGGUGGUGACAAGAAGGAACUCUUACCAUUGGAGAAUAAGCCAAUCCCGAGUUCUGACACAGCCGAAACUUCGAAUAGUUCUGCAGAUGUACCCGUAAAACGAGUGGUGUUCAAGGUACUUGCCCUUCUGUGGCCCAAAGGAAAUCCCCGAACCAAGCUUCUUGUUGUCAUGAGCAUGAUGUGUGUAUUGGUGGCCAAAGUCCUGAAGGUCGCUGUGCCUUUUUGGUUUAAGUCUGUUAUUGAUAUUUUGACUCCAAAUGCAUCAGCUGCCACUGCGCUUCCCACCAUCGGUAUUUUACCUAUGGGUGUGUUCGGUUGUGUUGCAGCCUACGGCAUUUGCCGAGCUAUGAAUUCUGUAACCGAGGAACUGAAGACUGUGUUUUUUGCACCUGUAGGAGGCAAGGCUUCGACACAGCUAGCGAUAGAAAUGUUUGACAAUUUGCUUAAACUCGAUCUGAGUUUCCAUCUGAAUCGAGAAACGGGUGUUUUGAGCAAGGAUUUAGAUCGUGGCAGCCGUGCUUUUUGGUCACUGGCAUAUGCCCUUUUAUUUUUGGUGGUGCCAACGGCAUUUGAGAUGGUCCUGGUAUGUGCUGCCCUUAAUUCUCACGCGGGCACUCAGUUUAUUGGGUUGGCUUUGACUGCAGUUUUUUCCUAUAUACUCUGGACUUACAUUGUGAGUAACUGGCGUACUCAAUUCCGUAGACGAUACAAUGAACUUGAGAGCCGUGUGGGUGGCAUUACAGUUGACGCGUUGUUGAAUUAUGAAGCAAUCAAGUGUUUUAGGACAGAAGAGUACGAGUCGGCCCGUAUUCGAUCCAAUACGGAGAAGAUGAACACAGAGUUGAUCAAGCUGGAUCAGUCUUUAGCAUUCCUUAAUUUUGGCCAGCAACUCAUUUUCGUGGUGGCAGGUGUUUUAUCAUUCUACUUGGCAACAUGUGGGGCCAUUGCAGGAAACAUGACUGUUGGUGACUUGGUUCUUACCGAUGCUUUGUUGAUGCAGCUCUAUAUGCCUCUUAGCAUCUUAGGCAUGAUCUAUCGAGAAAUUCAAACGUCAACACAAAACAUGCAGUCAAUGAUAGGUCUCUUGGAUCAGUCACCGAGUGUACUUGAUGCGAUUGACGCCAAACCAUAUAUGUACAUCAAUGGCACAAUAGAGCUUCGUAACCUCACUUUUAAGCAUAAAGCAGAUUCUGAGGAAGCUCUUAUCAGAAACCUGUCUUUGAAAAUACCAGGUGGAAAAAUAGUGGCCUUUGUGGGUCCCUCUGGCUCAGGAAAAAGCACCAUAAUACGUCUGAUUUUUCGAUUUUUUGAUCCAACUGACGGAGAAAUUCUGUUUGAUGGUCAACCUUUGCGCAAUCUACAGCUAGCCAGCGUACGGUCAAGAGUUGGCAUUGUUCCACAGGAUCCAAUAUUAUUUAAUAUAUCUAUCAGGGACAACAUUUCGUACAGCCAAAUUAAUGCCACGGACUCAGAUAUCAUAGAGGUUGCCAAGAAGGUAGGCUUACACGAGACCAUUCAGAAAAUGAGCAAGGGCUACAGUUCAUCCGUUGGGGAGCGAGGGUUGAAGUUAUCUGGUGGUGAGAAGCAACGUGUUGCGAUUGCCAGAGCACUUUUGAUGGAUCCACCAAUUCUUUUAGCUGACGAGGCCACAUCGGCACUGGACAGCAAGUCUGAAACUAAAAUAAUGGAAAUAAUAAAGCUAGCAUCAAAGCAGAGCACACCACGUACUAUCAUUCUCAUUGCUCACCGUCUCACAACCGUUAAGGAUGCUGAUAUUAUCUUUGUUCUUGACGGCAAAGGUGGCCUUGCAGAGCAAGGUGCCCAUAGUGAACUAUUGCAGGCUGGGGGGCUUUAUGCGGAUCUGUGGUAUCAGCAGUUACGAGAUCGACAAUCCUUUCAGAGGUGCAGUGCAAUUCAUUGA